UUUUUUUGCCAUUGUGAUUUUUUAUUUCAAGAAUUCUGAGAUGAGAGCACUUUUUGGUCUGAAUUUUAUAUGCACAUGAUUGCAACAUGUGAUUUCUUUUUUUUAGGAAAAUAAGUUUUCAAACCAAUAUUUGCUUUUAGAUAGUUAAAAAAAAUUACAUUUAAAAAAGACUUCUCCAAGAGACCAAAGAAGAAAUUACAUAACGGCAAUUUCAGUUAACAAUGGACAAAUAAUGUAACGUAUGUAAUUUGAAUUCAAGUUCUGAUGAUUCAAGCUGUUUCAAUAAUCUUCAUCUUCAAUCAGCUAACCUAAGAAAAAUAAACAAUCUACGAAGAAAACAAGAUGUAAAAAUCUUUAAGCAUUAUGAUAGAAAGUGGGCAAGAAAAAUCUCCAAUUUUUGAAUGGAUGUGUGAAUAAAAAUGCAAUAUGGGAAGGGGAACAUUUUCGCCUGGACGAAAAGCUAAUGCAACCACAACUUUUAGAUACAAAAUGGAACCUUUUUAAAAAAGUUGUGCAAAUCAAUUUGACAUUAAAUAACUUUCAAACGACUAAAUUAAGAGACACUGAAAAUACUCCGAUUAAACGGAGCCAUAAAAAGGUCCUGCUGAGAUUUUGUCAGGUGAACCCAAAUAAGGAGGUUUUUCUCGAUAGGUACCCACCAAAAGUUUUUAUUCAAGUUAACGAUCAGUUGUUUUUGCCAAGGAAGCAAGGGCCAAUUAACAUAACAUCAGUGCUGACUGUGAAACCCUUUUUGAAGAACUCAAUUAAAAUCAUAUUUCAAAGAAGUGAUAAAAUUUUCAUUGGAGUUUUAUUUAUUGCCCAGACACCGAACCCACAGCUUUGGGAUCACAAAUCUAUAUCAUUAAUCCAAGAGUACAAAGUGACAAGGAACAAAAUUGCCAACUUGUUUCAUGGGGCUGAUGGUGAUUCUGAUGUGAAGAUCACUUCCUUGAAUGUUUCAUUAAAAUGCCCUCUCAGCCAAAUCUUAAUCAAUGUGCCGUGCAUUGGGAAGCGUUGUAUGCACAUUGAAUGUUUUGAUAUGGAGUCGUAUUUCGAUGCAAAUUCGACAAAAAACCCAAAGUGGGAAUGCCCUAUUUGCAGAAAAGGCUGCCAGCCUGACAACUUGAUUAUUGAUGGGUAUUGGAAAGCAGUGUUAAAAGAGAUCCCAUUGGAUUGCACUUCUGUAAGUUUGCAAAAAGACGGCUCUUGGAUUCCCCUGUGUAACUCUAAGAAUUAAGUGUAAACAAUUUGUAAUUGAGAAUUUUAUUUCAAAAUUAUAUUAACACAGUAAUUAAAGAAAAUCUUUAAUGCA